GUGUGAAGAGAAAAAGUGGAACAACAUAUUAUCGGUUUAUUCUUUUUGACUGAAUUAUCGGUUUAUUCUUGUCUCCUUACGUAUUUCGUAAAAAUAAAAUCAAUUAAUACUAGUAACUUUUUGCUUUACUCAAAUUGAUUAAGUUUUGACAGAACAAGGAGAGGACGGAAACAACACAGAGAUUCAAGGAUCUUGUUCCCCCUUUUUUCUUCAAGACUAAUUCUUUAAUCACCAUUUUCUGUGUGACAGAGAGAAAAUAGCUACCAAUUUAUUAUUUUUUGUUUUGUUUUUUACUUUUUAUACAAGCGAGUUUAGUUUUUUAAUUAAUUAAUGAAUGAAUGAAAACACCGCCAUCACUUGUUUCUCUUACCAUUGACUCAGCCGUCCUUAAUCUCUCCGACAUCUCCGAUCUCUCUCCCAUCCCUGAUCACAUCCUCCUUGAUCUCUUCUUGAGAAUAUUGAAAGCCGGAAAGCUGAACGAAAAAGUUCUGAAACUGUUUAUUGCAACUGGUAAGGAGGAAGUCAUCUCACUUGUUCAGGCACUGAAUAUCCGACAUAUUGUGACCCCUGUGCUUCCUACCAGAUGUUCUGAGAAAUUCUAAGAUUGAAACUAUUGUCAAAAGUUUGAAUCCAGCUCAUCAGUUUUAAGUUAAGGAGACCUAUCUAGUCUUUCAGUUUGUGAAAUAUUCUGUAUUAUAUUAUAUUAUACCUCAGAAGAUGUCUCAAGUAAUUAUCAACGACAAUGAAGUUGACAUUGUGAUCGGUGCCCUGCACUCUGACCUCACAAAUUUUAUGACUGAAUGGAAGCCGGUGUUCUCCCGUUUCCACCUGAUAAUAGUCAAAGAUCCUGACCUCAAGGAAGAUCUCAAAAUUCCUGAAGGAUUUAGCGCAGAUGUCUAUACAAAGUCUGAAAUUGAGCGGGUGGUGGGUUCCUCCACUGCCAUUCGCUUCUCUGGCUACGCUUGUAGAUAUUUUGGCUUUCUAGUUUCAAAGAAGAAGUAUGUUGUCUGUAUUGAUGAUGAUUGUGUUCCAGCAAAAGAUGACGCGGGGAUUUUAGUGGAUGCCGUGGCUCAGCAUAUUGUGAACCUCAAGACUCCUGCCACCCCUUUCUUCUUUAACACACUAUAUGAUCCAUUCCGUAAGGGUGCAGAUUUUGUUCGCGGCUACCCAUUUAGCCUUCGAAAUGGAGUUGAUUGUGCUCUGUCGUGUGGACUAUGGCUCAAUCUGGCAGACCUUGAUGCACCAACCCAGGCUCUCAAGCCGUCACAAAGGAAUUCCCGAUAUGUGGAUGCAGUUCUGACUGUUCCUGUGAGAGCCAUGUUGCCAGUGAGUGGAAUCAACAUUGCCUUUAACCGAGAAUUAGUUGGCCCGGCAUUGGUCCCAGCUUUGGUGUUGGCAGGAGAAGGAAAACUCAGGUGGGAAACUGUGGAAGAUAUAUGGUGUGGAUUGUGUGUGAAAGCUAUAUGUGACCACCUAUCCCUUGGUGUGAAAAGUGGGUUGCCAUAUGUUUCCAGAGCCGAAAGAGGCAAUGCCAUAGAAAGCUUGAAGAAAGAAUGGAAAGGGGUGAAAUUAAUGGAGGAAGUUGUUCCUUUCUUUCAGUCUGUAAGGUUGCCACAAUCAGCUACCACAACAGAGGACUGCGUGAUCGAGAUGGCCAAAGCAGUGAAGGAACAACUCGGGAAGGUUGAUCCUAUGUUUUCGCAAGCCGCUGCUGCUAUGGAAGAGUGGGUCAAGCUCUGGAAGUCAGUUGGAUCUGCUUGAAGCUCUUGAACUAUUGGUUGCAUGGUGCGGAUUUCUUUAUUUUAUUUUAAUUAAACUAAGUAACAUAUGCUUUAUAUGUAGUCUACUAAGAUUACUUUUUACCUACCUGGCUGAGUUAGAUUGAAGGAAGAAUAAAAUAGUACUUAUGUGGUUUUGUGAUAAUUGAAUAAAUGUUAUCUUGACUUACCAAUUGGUAUUUGAACAAAAUUCCACAGUCUGCUAAUUUUAGCUCAGCUUCAUAUGCUAAUUUUAGCUCAGC